GCGGCCGCGCCCGCUGCGGGAAGCCCCGCCCACCCGUGGGCCGGGGGUGACCAUGGGCAGCAAGAUGGCGGCGGCCGCCCGUGCUGUGCAGGUGGUCAAGCCGCAUACUCCGCUCAUUAAGUUCCCGGACAGGAAAAGCGGUCCCAGGCCUAAAAUACAAGAAUCUCUACAAGCAAGUGUGCCAUCGCCCCAUGCUUCAAAAGCACAGGAGUCUGUCGGAGGCAGGGCACCAGCCUUUCAAAGUAUUUCACCUGUUAGUAGGGUACAAGGUACACCAGACACUUCAGAAUUAGCAAGAACCUUCCCUCAGAAAUACAGAAGGAAACUUAUGUCAGAUGAAGAGAUUGAAUAUAUUCAACGUGGAGGUCCGGAAUAAGCGCGGAAGACAAGUUUGUCCCCGCUGCUGGAGGACGAAGCGUUGUGUUCACCGCGAAGGCGUUUCCUUAGCGUUGCAAACGAUUGUAUACUGGUAGCUUUAACAAAACCCCUGUGCGAGGGGCGGGAGGGCAGGCAUGACACCCCUCGCACGUUUCAGUCGAUGGCUAACUAGAUGCCGGCACACCAUUAAAAUAUUUUUCUAAUUAGCCAUUC